CACAGUCAGUCACAGCUCCCGACCAAACAAAUAUCUCUGUGUAUGUAUCUAUUCUAUACAUACACACACACACUUCAACUAAAAAAAAACUCAAUUCUUCGUCCAUUGUUGCCUCUUUUACAACAAUCUCAAAGCUUGGUUCUUGCUUCACCUAAAAACCCUAGCUUCAAAAAAAAAUGACGUCACGAUCUGCUUUUCUACUCUUCUUCAUACUCUCUAUAGCCACAGAGAAGACUCUAGCCUCUGUCUUCUCCUCAAAGCUGAUCCACCGCUUCUCAGACGAAGCCAGAGCUUCGAUUAACUCUCCGGUGACUUCCUUCCCGGAGAAGCGUAGCUUCGAGUAUUACCGGUUGCUCUCAAGUAUCGAUUUAAGAAGACAAAGGAUGAAUCUCGGUGCCAAGUCUCAAUCCCUUGUUCCAUCAGAAGGAAGCAAGACCAUUUCUUCAGGAAACGACUUUGGAUGGCUACAUUACACGUGGAUAGACAUUGGGACACCGAGUGUUUCCUUCCUUGUGGCGUUAGAUUCAGGAAGUGACCUUCUUUGGAUUCCUUGCAACUGUGUGCAGUGCGCUCCUUUAGCUGCCACUUACUACACUAGCCUGGCUACUAAAGAGCUCAACGAGUAUAAUCCAUCAAGUUCAAGCACCAGCAAGGUGUUUCUAUGCAGCCAUAAGCUUUGUGAGUCAGCUCCAAGCUGUGAGAGUCCGAGGGAGCAGUGUCCUUAUACUGUUAGCUACGCUAGUGAAAACACUUCAAGCUCUGGAUUGCUUGUUGAGGAUGUCUUACAUCUUGCGUAUAGUGCCAACGCUUCUUCCUCUGUCAAGGCUAGAGUUGUUGUAGGAUGUGGUAAGAAGCAGAGUGGUGAGUUCUUGGAUGGGACUGCUCCAGAUGGUUUGAUGGGUUUAGGACCUGGAGAGCUCUCGGUUCCGAGUUUUCUUUCUAAAGCAGGACUCAUGCGUAACUCUUUCUCCAUGUGCUUUGAUGAGGAGGAAGACUUUGGGAGGAUUUACUUUGGUGACAUGGGAACCUCCACGCAGCAAUCAACACGUUUCCUUCCGGUCGACAAUGAAUUUGUGGCUUACAUUGUGGGUGUGGAGGCUUGUUGUGUUGGCAAUUCGUGUCUAAAGCAGACGAGUUUCCAAACACUUAUCGAUAGUGGACAGUCAUUUACUUAUCUACCUGAGGCAAUAUACAGAGAAGUUGCUCUUGAGAUUGAUAGUCAUAUAAACGCUACUGUUAAGAAGAUCGAAGGUGCCCCGUGGGAUUACUGCUAUGAAACUAGCGUUGAGCCAAAGGUACCAGCGAUCAAGCUCAAGUUCUCGUCCAAUAACACCUUUGUGAUUCACAAACCUUUGUUUGUACUCCAACAAAGUCAGGGGCUUGUUCAGUUUUGCUUACCUAUUAGUGCUACUGAAGAAACCAUUGGAGUCAUAGGACAGAACUACAUGAGAGGGUAUCGAAUAGUUUUCGAUAGAGAGAACAUGAAGCUUGGCUGGUCACCUUCCAAAUGUCAAGAGGAUAAGAUGGCACCACCUCAAGAGGCUUCACCAGGAAGCACUUCAUCACCAAAUCCAUUGCCAACAGAGGAGCAGCAAAGUAGAAGCCAUGCGGUUUCACCAGCAAUUGCAGGUAAAACUCCUUCCAUAACAUCAUCAUCAACAUCAUUAGCACCAUGUUGCUUCUCUUCCAUGAGAUUAUUCAACUAUAUUCUUCUUCUUCUCCUUCUACGUGGAGUUGUUUCUUAUAUGUAGAGAGAAACAUUGUCUUAUAUAAAAAAAAAAACAUAACUAUUUUGCCUUUGCAUAUAUAUAAG